CUGGAGAGAAGAAAAACUAGGCGGGUAAGAAUAGAAAAGGGUUAUGGCCGUGGAAGCAGAAGACAGAAGAAUCUGAGCAGUAGAAGCGUCACUUGUUAUCAGGGUUGGCAGAAAUGGCUGAAGAUUUCACACGCCCGCGGCUCAUGAAUUUCGUUUCUGAGGAACAGUUAGAUGAAGCCAAGAAAACCCGGGGUGAACGAGUCGAGGAUGGCACUGCCUACCGGGACAGACCCCUUUUCGAGAUUUUGAAAGAAAACAAGGACAAGAAGGAUGCGGAGUUCAAUGAGCGUUUCAAGCACAGACCGCCGAAAGCUUUGGACGAUGACGAGACGGAGUUUCUUGAUCAAUGGGAGACUUCAAAGAAGGAAUAUGAACGGCAGGUUGCAGAUGAGGAGGCCCAACAACUUUUGAGUUUUCAGGCAGCGGUGGCAGCAAAGUCUAGCAUUGUACAAGAGUUGACGGAAAUACCUUCUGUUCCGGUAGUCAAGGAGCAGCAGAAACCAGCCGGGAAGAGGAAUCCACCUGCUUUUCCAUUAGGUAUGAUUGUUAAAGUGAAGCCACAAACGAAGAAAGCUAAAAUUGAUCAAGGGGGCAUUGAAGAAGCUACAAGCACAGCGAAAACCCCUUAUGUUGAUACAGAUAAAACUUUAGAGGUAAACAAGACACCUGAGGCUGAUACUGAUAAGUCCAAUGUUGUUUCUAAGACUGGUCUUGUUUCAUACAGUGAUGAUAGUGAAGAUGACUAGUAGCUUCAAUCUUAUCGUUAAGGAGGAGUUAAUAUCAAUUGACUACUAUGAUAUUUUUUUUAUUGAUAUUUGAUUCCAGUAGACUAAAUAAUAAAAGUAGGAUUCUGGAUAUCAUUU